CAGGAUCCCUGUCAUCACCUCUAAAUCUUCAGAAACGGCCGACUCUCUAGGCGCCAAAAAUCCCGAGUAACACCUUCAGAAUGUUUGGCGCGACGGGAUUCUCAGAACGGAAGCCAGUGACACGGUGCUAUUUCGGAAAUCCAUUUGCAAAGCUUCUAUAGGCAAAAGAACCUUUUAUCUGAUGCAAGAAUCCUAGAAAUUACAAUAAGAUUUGCAAAGGACUGGCAAAACUGGGAUGGUGAAAGGUAUCCCACAAUAUCACAUUCCCUGCUUCUCACAUUCUUUGGAUAUAAUCCAACUCACACGUCCAAAAACAUACCACCAGAGAUUCCUUCUGCUCUCUGCUCAAUAAACUCAAGAUUCACCUGCUGCUUCUUUCUUCUGUACAGUAAACCCUAGACUGUCCUCCUGCUUUUCCUUUCUGCUCAGAAAACACGAGUCCAUCUCCCUCCUUCUCCACUCUGCUUCGUCAACACGAGGCUGUCCUCCUACCUCUCCUCUCUGCUCAGUAAACACGAAACUACCCUCCUGUCCCUCCUCUUCAGUCUUUGAACGGGAUCUUACUUCUUCCUUCAACACUUCCUCUUUUUCCUCCUUUUUGACCCCCAAGGAUGACCUCAGAAACUGAAAUAGACGUCGAGAGCGAGGUCAACGCGACCGACCACUACGUGCCGUACUACCAGAGGCCGGAAACUUACAUCGUCCCCGUCCUCUUCGCUAUCAUAUUCAUCGUCGGUGUCAUAGGUAACGGCUGCCUCAUCGUCAUUUUCGUGAAGAACAAAACCCUGAGAAAUGUCCCCAACACCUACAUCAUCUCCCUGGCCCUCGGAGACCUCCUGGUGCUCUUCUUCAGCGUGCCCUUCGUCUCCACCAUUUACACGAUCGAGUCCUGGCCCUACGGAACCUUCGAGUGCAAGUUUAGCGAGUUGGUGAGGGAUGUGUCGGUCGGGGUGACUGUCUUCACCCUGACGGCGCUGUCGGCGGAUCGUUACCUCGCCAUCGUCUCUACUGUUCGCAGGGCUGCGGGCGGCGCCGGGCGGAGGACGGUGCGGUUCGCGGUGGCCAUCUGGUUUCUGGCUGUGGUGCUGGCCACUCCCGCCGGCGUGUUCUCCCACGUGCAGGUGUUCCAGGUGUCUGAAGGGAAGGCAAUCAGCGUGUGCUACCCUUUCCCGGACUACUUGCCCGAGUGGUACCCGCAGACCAACAUCAUCGUCAAGGCCCUUCUCUACUACCUGCUGCCGUUGGUGGUCAUCGCCACCUUUUACCUGCUGAUGGCGCGGCACCUGCUGGCCUCCGACGACGUGCCUGGAGAGUCGCGCGUCUUCCACGGCCAGAGGAGGACGCGGAGGAAGGUCGCCCAGAUCGUGCUGUGCUUCGUGCUCAUCUUCGCUGUGUGCUUCCUGCCGUCCCAUGUGUUCCUGCUGUGGUUCUACCUGGACCCGCUCGCCUCCGUCAAGUUUAACGGCUUCUGGCACGCCCUCAGGAUCAUCGGCUUCUGCCUCAGCUUCAUGAACUCGUGCAUCAACCCCAUCGCCCUCUACUGCAUAUCCGGCACCUUCAGAAAGUACUACAACCGCUACCUUUUCUGCUGCUGCCGCUGGGUCGACCAAGGGCACCGAACCCGCGCCUUCCUCCGGCCGGGUCGCUCGGGGAUCUCGGGCUGCAGGUCCUCCACGCUGCGGGCCACCGAGACCAUCACGCUGACGACGCUCAUCAACGAGCGCGCCUCGCCCGCCGCCUCCUGACACAUGCCCGCGGGAGGGUGCUCCGCCACGCCGCUGCGCCCGCACUCUCCUGACCACCACCACGACGGCUGCGACGGCAACUUCCACAAGUUCUCUCCCAGACGCCGAGGCUGUGAGAUCCUGGCGAACGACAGUGACGACAUCGAGAGUACCAAGUGCGUUUACGAAGUUGUGGAACUGUAGAUGUUGUCCGCGAUUUGCAGAACGAUAAUCAGACUAGGACAGUUCUCCCAAGAAAAAGGUCCUUGAAUCUCGGGAAGCAAAAUGCCCGUCUGCUUUGUACCGAUGGGCGGGAACCAAGAUGUACAUGACCAUUCGUAAUAUCCGUGCCAGACGUUCACUUUUACGUUCACUUACGACGCCGGGAGUGGAGGUCAAGUGACCACGAGUGAAGACGAAAAGGCUAAACAGAAUAGCGAAAGUCGCGAUCCGCCCUGACUAAAUAUAUUGAAUAAAAAUUGAUGUUAUAUUUCCUCUCUUGAGUGUUCUUAAUGUUGACCGUAAACAACAGUGUUAAAGGUGUACUUCUCUCCAUCUCUUUAGGUUAUCGCGGUUCUCUCAGGGUGCUUCUUCUGCGGACAUCUUGGGACACCU